UUAUUUGCUGGCAAGCUGGCAAAAAAUCCAUGCAGGUGACGCCUGUCUUCUUCUCAGCGCAGCAACUGUCAUGCAUGCACUAUCCUCUUCCCACUUCCCAACGCAUCAUCAUCAUCCUAUCACUCACGUUCACACUGAAUAUAAUUACCCAAAAACCUGUUUGCUUGGUGUUCUUGAGCAUUUCUCCAAUUCCCAUAUUCCAGAUUUCUGCUGCUCCGUAUUAAUUAAUCAUACCUCUUAAUCUCGAUCAGUAUAGUGAUCGAGUAUACAUGCCUUUUUUCCAUUUUGCUGAGAUACAUAUAUACAUGUGUGGAUUGGCAAGCGAGGAUGGAAGGGGGAGAAGUUGAAUAUUGGAGGAUUGAUGAACAACAGUGUGGUUUACCAGAAGAAGAAGAGGAGAAGGGUAUUGUUAGCAAGACAAGAUGGGUUUUGAACGCGGGACUGAGAUUGGGGAAGAAGGUUGUAAUUACUGGAAUUAUGGUGUCGUCUGCGCCUUUAGUUCUUCCUCCUCUCAUAAGCAUUUGUGUUGUGGGAUUCGUGGUUCUGGUCCCUGCGGGGGUUUUCCUGGGCAGCUAUGCCUGCACUGAGAAGCUCAUGAGCAAACUGCUGCCUUUGGAGUAUCAUUCACAAGCGCUUAGAGAUGGAAAUCAAUUCGAAGAAGAAGAAUUUGGGGAAGAAUUGUACGGUAGGGUUUACAAAGGCGAAUUUGCAUUAAUCCAGGAAGAAAUGAAGAUGGAGGGAGAAGAGAGGAUUGAAUUGGUAAGGGAUAAUGAAGAAGGAUCAGAGUAUGUUGAUAAUAAAUUAGGGAUUGGUGUAGAUGAUGAUGAUGAGGAUUUGGAAGAGGAAGUUUAUGAGGAGGACAUUGGCGAUGAAUACUUGGAGGGAGAAGUAGUAGAUGUUAAGAUCGAUGAGAAUUUGGAGGAUGUAGGUGAAUACUUGGAAGGAGAACACCAAGAGAAGAAUGAAAUUAGCAUUGAUGAGGAUUUAGAGGAAGGUUAUGAGGAGGACAUUGGUGAGUACUUAGAAGAAGAAGAAGAAGAAGAAGAAGAAGAAGAAGAAGAAGAAGAACCAAUGCCAGAGAUGAACUUAGAAAGUGAUGAUGAGCCAGGGAGAGAAGAAGAAGUGCAUUCUGAAUUUGGUGAAAAUGUUACAAGGACCAAAGGGUUAGACUUGGUGGCAACAAGUACUGAAAAUCACGAAGCAGAGGAAAAUUUUGAGCACAAAAGUGUCACUACUUUGCUAGGUAAUUUAAGUAGUAGUUCCAUGAAGGAAUUCGAAGAAGACGACGAGGAACACCUAGAAAAAACGUCUGGAUUUGAGGAAGAAGAAGAGAAGAAAGACACCCCAAGUUCCAUGGUAGAUAAUGAAAAUCCACUCAUUGGUACAGAAGCCAAAGUGGAGAUAACAACUGUGGCAGUACUGGUGAAAGAAACCCAGUUUGCACCAGAAACUGAGAAACAAGGAAAUGGAAAUAAUGCAUCAGAGCAGGUUUCAGCAGGAGCACCUUCCAGUGAGGUUAUGGUGAGUGAGGAGAAGAUAUGGGAGCAGAUGAGUGCAAUAAGAGGGGUCUUGGGAUACACAGCUGCGCCUCAAUCGUCUAUUGUAGAUGAACUGAAGGCAUUGUUCAUCUUAACUGGAGUUGAGCCACCGUCGCCAUUCGAAGACCCUUCAGAUCUCGCAGAUGUUGAUGAAAAGCUUAGGCUUCUCAUGUCAAUCAUUGGAGCAAAAUAGAGUCUGAUCUGCAGCAUUAUAUUGAUCAUGUGUGCCUUAGCUUUAUUCAGUAUUGUUUUUUCAAUUUUGGUUUCGGCUGUAUAUAUAAAUGGUUGUGCAGGACAAUUUUGGUGGCUGCUCUACGUGUUUGAAUUGAGAAAUUUAUGUAUUCGUUUUUUUCUUAGCUGCUUUAGUUUCUCCUCCCAAAAGGUUGUAUCCUCAGGCAUGUGGGGCA